AAAUUGAGAGUUUCAUCAAUUUUAUCGUGUGUGUAUAUAAUUACAUUAAGUAGGAUUUAUUAUGGCUGGGUUAAGUCUCAUAGGAGAAUAUUCUUCAGAUUCAGAGGAUGAAAAAUUAAGUUCGAAAAAAGAAGAAAAUCAACGAUAUAACGCUGGAAAAAGGCUACCUUUACCACAAAGUAUAAAAACAUGGAAAGGAGUUGAUCAUCACACAGAAGUUACAGACGAUCCUUCGCAACAUGAGGGCAAAAUUCGAUCCUUUAAACACGAACGUGGAACCUGGGCAACUCUUGUCUACAUUUUAUAUAAGCCGAGUGAAACUCUACUAUCUUGGAUGAAUUUGAUUAGAACCCAUCACUCGAUUGAAGAUGGAAAAAUCUUUGAAGAAUUCCACGUUAGUCUUACUCGAACCGUACCCCUAAAAUUUCACUGGAUUGACUCUUUCGUAGAGGGAGUCAAGAAAAUAUCCGAAAAUUCAAAUCAAUUUGCGAUGGAACUAACAGAUGUCAAAGUUUAUUGUAAUGAUAACAAAACACGCACUUUUCUCGGCAUUUGUUGCGAAAACGACGAGGCUUUGAACGAUUUAACAGAAGCUUUAAAUAAAUUGUUGAACGAGUAUCUUUUGCCACGUUUUUACGAGGAAGCAUCGCACCACGUAAGUUUUCUUUGGUGCCUCGAUAAUCAGGAAGAACGAUUGAAAGUAAAACUUCCAUCUUUGUCUUCCUCUUUGCGGAACUUUAUUGCCGAAAAUCCACAAGAAAGUUAUGUACAGGUGCAGGAGUUGCACUGUAAAGUAGGAAAUCGACUAUAUACAUUCAAUCUCAGAUGAUCCUUGGAUCAUACCCUCUGUGAUAAAAAAAUCAAGUAUUUAUAUACAGAAACAUUCCGACUUAAAUUACAUAGGCUUGAAAAUCA